AUGAGCAGCGUGCGCUACACCAACAGCUUCACCUACACCCGCUUCCAGCGCGUGGUGCAGUCCACCAUCGGGCCGCGCGUCAAGGACUCGAUGCGGCAAUACAUGACCAGGCGCGCGCGGCAGGGGCGGUGGUUUGACCUGGCUGUCGAGGCCUACGAGUUGCGCAUGGUCAAGCCGCCGGACGAAUGGGCCGCUGCGCUGGCCGGCGCCGGCGGCGGCGGUGGCGGCGGCGGCAAGAAGCAGGACCCCUCCGACCGCCUGCGGGAGCUGCUGGAGCAGGGGCCCCGCACCCCGCCCCGCGGCGCCAGCGCGCCCGGCGGCCGCGCGGCUGGCGGCCCCGGCGGCGCGGCCGCGGCCGACCCCGAGCCCGACUUUUCGAGCGGGCUCGUGUUCUCAGCCGCCUGCUUCCUGCUAAAGCAGGCGCCCCCCGACCCCAGCGACGGCGCCGCCGGCGCGGCCUCGGCGGCGGGAGCGGGGGCGGCGCCGGGGGACCCCCCGCGGCGGCCGAUACGCAUGAUCGCGCAGGAUGCAAGAAUUCUUUGCCCGGGAGAGUUGCGAGACGCGCUGGUGCUGCUGUUCGUGCACAUGGGCCAGGCCUUCGGCGGUAUCACAUUCGGCCAGCCGAGCCGCCCGCGCCGCGUGCGGACGAGCCAGCCGUCCGGCGGCGCCGGGGGCGCCGCGGCGCCGCCAGAGGAGGCCCCGCCCGCGCCGGCGGCGCCGCGGCAGCAGGACGGGGGCGGCGGGGCUGCAGCUGUAAAGCAGCAGCAGCAGCAGCAGCAGCAGGGCGGCGAUGCUGGCGGCGCUGCCGUCGGGGCCGCGCCGCCGUCAAAGGUGAGCGCUGACGAAGGCGGCGGCUCCCAGUCCGAAGCCGCUGUGCCGGGGGCGCCGGCGGCGGCCGAGGAGGGGGCGCUGCUGCGGGCGCUGCUGCUGCAGAAGCAGCAGCGGCAGGAGGCGGACGCGGCGCACGGCGACGCCGACAGCGCGACCGCCACCGACGAGGGCCCAGACACACCCCAGUCUGGCGCCGGCGCGGCGCCGCGCGGGAUGAGUGGCGGCGGCGGCGCUGACGCGCUCUCAGAAGAAUCUGCGCCGGCGGUGUCGUCAGCUGCGGCUGCCGCGGCGGCCGCGGGUGGGCGGGCGGCGUGGGACUCCUGCCUGCUGGAAUACGAGAUCGAAUUCGUGCAGGUGCAGGUGAAUCUGAUCUCUGACCCUGAGGGCGGCGCGCCCGGCAGCCUGGUUCUGGGCACCAACAGCGCGCUGCUGCUGGGGCACUACUACCCUGUGAGGCGGGAGAGGACGGUCACGUUCAAGAUGGACCAGGUCCAGGCCCACGUGGUUCAGAGCGAUGUGGACCCCUCGCGCGGCCCCGUGUGGCUGGAGAUCGCCAACGGCAAGCUGUCAACGCCGCAGGGGGCGGAGGGCGUGAUGCGCCAAGUGCUGCAGCCGUUCAGGGUGGGCCGAGGGGGGCAGGCUGGGCCAGGGGGCUGGGCGUUCCGGGCUGCGAGUGCAACGUGUUUGCCCAAUGAUGUCAUGUUGCCCGCGCCGGCACACCUGGAUGCCCCCUAA